UCCCAUCAACUUCACACCGUUCAUUCUUCCAAUUCUUCGACUCCUUUAACCAUUUCCUUAUCUGUGUAUUCCUCCUUUUCUUCUACACCAUACCCAUCUUCUCGAUUUUUCAGGAGAUCCAAUUUUUGUUGGUUUCGUUGGAAAGAAGCUGAAGAACGCCAAUCCCGUGAGCUCAAAGCCGUGCCAUUUAUUCAUUGCAAAGAAUUCACCAUCUUCUUCUUCGCUCCUCACUUCAACAUCAACACCAAGAAGAACACAGCAAGUCAAAUUGAGAAAACUUUAUAGAACAGAUUUGUGUAUUUGGUGUUUCUUUACUAAAAUUGGUCUCUCUUUUCCUCCCCCGUCCUUCUCAUGGUCUUGAUUUCAAUCGUUGAAUGCAUGCUAUGUUGUCUGGGUUUUUGCUUCUUAGCUGGCUUUCGGUUUUGUUUCACACCACCAAUUCUUCUUCUUCUUCUUCUUUUUCAUUGCUUGGAACCUGGACUUUCUGGGUAUUUUUCUUUUCUCAAGAUACUACAACAAAAGCUGCAGAUUUUGAUGAUUAUGAUGAGGGGGUGGCUUGGCUUUGAAUGCUCAAUCAAGAGCAUUGCUUAUGCAGAAACUGGAUCGCUCUUGUAUUGCAACAAGGUACUCGCCUUGGAGUAUUUACAUUCUUUGCACAUGGUUCAUCGCGAUUUGAAGCCUGAUAAUUUGUUGAUUGCACAAGAUGAUCAUAUCAAGUUGACAGAUUUUGGGCUAUCAAAGGUUGGUCUCAUCAACAGUACUGAUGACUUGUCUGGUCCAGCAGUUAGCGGAACAUCUCUACUUGAUGAUGAGCAGCUUCAGUUAUGUGCAUCUGAGCAUCAGCACGAGAGGCGGAAGAAACGUUCUGCUGUUGGUACACCUGACUAUUUGGCGCCUGAGAUUCUUUUGGGAACAGGACAUGGUGCAACAGCAGAUUGGUGGUCCGUAUGUGUCAUUUUAUUUGAAAUGAUUGUUGGAAUUCCACCCUUCAAUGCAGAGCAUCCACAGUGUGAAAGUGUUUAUCAUUGCCUUUGUCAUUGGAAUCUUUAUUCUUCUGCCAGUUAACUUUGGGGGGAGUCAGUUAGCAUAUGAUUUUUCUAAUUUGUCGAACAAGACUCUGGAGUCAUUCAGUAUUUCAAAUGUGAAUGAUGGUUCAAACAGGUUAUGGGUUCACUUUUGCGCUGACUAUGUUUUCACCUUAGUUGUCUGCUGUCUUCUGUAUUACGAGUAUAGCUAUAUUUCAUUGAAAAGAAUUGCCUAUUUCUAUUCUUCCAAAGCUCAGUCACAUCAGUUCACAAUAUUAGUUCGCGGUAUUCCUGCCCCAUCUGGUAGCAGCUUCAGUGAAGUUGUUGACAACUUUUUCACAGAGUAUCAUCCUUCAACA